AUGACGUCCCUACACUCGAAAAUCGCAGCUGCGCUCAAGUCGCGUGAAAAUCGACUCAUCAGACGACGUCUUUCGGACCCUGACGCGGACUCAGGGCUUGUUGACUUCCACACAAACGACUACCUCUCCCUCUCACACUCUGAGCAACUGCGCCACCUUUUCCUCCAAAAACUGCAGACCGCUCCGGAGGUUUUGGGCUCGGGAGGCAGUAGGUUGCUCGUAAACGGACACGGGCACACCGCGCUUGAGACGCGCCUCGCGAAGUUCUUUGACUCGCCCGCUGCUCUGCUCUUCAACUCCGGCCUGGAUGCGAACGUGGGCUUCUUCUCUUGCAUUCCUCAGCCAGGCGAUGUCGUCGUUUUCGAUGAGUACAUUCACGCCUCCGUGCACGAUGGCGUACGUGCAUCACGCGCGAGGGAGGCCCAAUUCUCCUUCGAGCACAAUUCCGUAUCUGCGCUGGGCGAGCUCCUCCUCCAUCUGCUCAAUGAGCGGCCAAGCCUGCGGACGGGUGAAAACAGCGUGUUUGUCGCCGUUGAGAGCCUUUACUCGAUGGACGGCACGAUCGCUCCCCUGGCAGAGAUCGUCGAGCUCACCGAGUCGCUGUUCUCGCGAGGGAAUUGUCAUCUGGUCGUGGAUGAAGCUCAUGCAACAGGCGUGUAUGGUCCGCAGGGCAGGGGGAUGGUCGCGACGCUUGGACUAGAGCGGAGGGUGUUGGCAAGGCUUCACACAUUUGGCAAGGCUCUUGCAGCAUCUGGGGGUACGCCAGCGAGAUUUAUUGGCUUUCCUCCCACCACAGCUGUCAUCCUCACAGACGAGCCCAUUCGCGACUACCUGCUUAAUUAUGCCCGAUCACUCAUAUAUACAACAUCGCUCAGUCAUGCGAAUAUUGUUGCUGUAGGUUGUUCUUUCGAUUUCCUCGAAAACGGGAUCGCAGAGAAGUUGGCGACUAGAUUGCUCGAUUUAAGCAUACGUUUCAUCGAUACGCUUCAAAAUCUUAUUGAGCGAAAUGGCAUACCGCCUUCCCUGCUAUCUCUCCCUCCCCACCUGACUGCCAUCUCCUUGGGAAGGAGCCGAGCAACUCCCAUUGUUCCGGUCUUUACAUCACAACCUCGGCCUCUUUCUACGUACCUGCGCUUGAAAAGCAUGAACGCUCGGCCAAUCACAUGGCCAACGGUACCCAAAGGCUUGGAUCGCGUUCGAGUCUGCUUGCAUUCGGGCAACAGCGACGAAGAGAUCGACGCGCUGGCACGAGGGAUGACAGAAUGGGCAAGAAGUGAAAUGAUCGCGAGCCAAGUUAAAGGAGGUGGCUCGCUUGGGCUACAGUCGAAGCUAUGACACAGGACCAGGCAAUCCCUCCGGGAAUAUCUCCCGUGAUAGUCUAUACUUAGUCCUGGAGUGCUUCCAACUCUUGCGUACUCUUUUGUAGAAACUCUUCGAACGAGUCUUGAUACGCCGCUGUUCGUCACGGUG